CAUGCUUAGAAAGAACUUCUUGGAAAAAAGAUUACAGAAAUUUCUGACUACCACCAGCCCUAAAGGGUGGUUUCUGACUUCUCUGCAAGACAAAGUCACCCUAGGAAGAACUGGACCUUAAUCCACAGGAAAUGCACCACAGCCAGAGCCUUGACAGGUAGACUAUGGAUUGCUGGAAGGGAGCUGUAAGCCACAGCUGGAUUUAUCCCACAGUGAUCAUCUGUGCAAAUGGAUUUUUCACCACAAUGAGGCCAUCAGAAUCUUUUCUCACCCCCUAUCUAACGGGACCAGAUAAAAAUCUAACGAUUGAAGAGGUUACCAACCAGGUCCUGCCCGUUUGGACAUACUCGUACCUUGCUCUCCUUGUCCCGGUGUUCCUGCUCACGGACUAUGUGCGCUACAAGCCCGUGCUGCUCCUGCAGGGCGUCAGCCUCAUCGUCACCUGGCUCCUGCUGCUCUUUGCUCACGGAGUGCUGGCCAUGCAGCUGGUGGAGUUCUUCUACGGCAUGGUCACAGCCACCGAGGUGGCCUAUUACGCCUACAUCUACAGCGUGGUCAGCAGCCAGCACUACCAGCGGGUCACCAGCUACUGCCGGAGCGUCACUCUGGUGGCGGCCACCGUGGCCGCCGUGCUGGGACAGCUGCUGGUGUCCUUGGCAGGCGUCUCCUACUUCUACCUCAACGCCAUCACCUUGGCCUCCGUGUCGCUGGCGCUGCUGUGCGCGCUGUUCCUGCCCGCGCCCCAGCGGAGCAUGUUCUUCCACAGGAGAGAGGCCGCCGAGCCCCUGCCGGGCCCUGCGCAAGGGCCCUGCCGGGAGGAGACGAGCCCCGGUGCUGCUGCCGGGGCCCCGAGCCCGCAGCCCCCGGCCGGGAGCGCCGGGCCCCACGGCCCCGUGCUGGGCGUGCUGCUGCAGCUGGGCAGGGACCUGAGGGACUGCUACGGCUCCCGCAGCCUCCUCUGCUGGUCCCUGUGGUGGGCUCUGGCCACGGCCGGCUUCAACCAGGUGGUGAAUUAUGUGCAGGUGCUGUGGGACCUGCGAGCGCCCUCCCACAGCUCGGCCGUGUACAACGGAGCUGUGGAAGCAAUAGCAACUUUUCUGGGUUCAGCAACAUCCAUGGCAGUUGGAUACGUCAAAGUAAACUGGGAUCUCUCUGGAGAACUGGCUUUGGCAAUUUUCUCUGCACUGGAUGCUGGUUCUCUGCUUCUUAUGCACUUCACUGACAACAUCUGGGCAUGUUAUGCUGGUUACCUUGCAUUUAAAGCUUGCUACAUGCUCCUUAUAACAAUAGCAACGUUUCAGAUUGCAGUCAACCUCAGCAUGGAGCGUUAUGCUUUGAUAUUUGGCUUCAACAACUUUGUUGCACUGGUGAUGCAGACGAUUUUAACUGUUGUUGUAGUAGAUUCAAGAGGUCUGGGACUGGAUAUCAGCACUCAGUUUCUCAUUUAUGGCAGCUACUUCACAGUCAUAGCUGGAAUUUUCCUCAUCAGAAGCAUGUACACCAUAAUUUCAAUCAAAUGCAGAAAUACAAGUGUGGCUGCUGAAAGCACUGCCCCUUAACAACUGAGACAAGAGCAGUGGUUACAAGCAACAAUGCAGAAGGCUCCAUCAUCUGGACAACAAAUCAGAAUAAAAUGUUCAAUCAAGUAAAACUGGUCCAGGCUGAAGCAGGCUGUUUAUGAGCCUACUGCACAGAGAGCUUUGUCAACAGGGUGAUGCAUUUGGUCCAUUUUCUUCACCAACAGUUUAACACAAACAUUCCUCAGUCUUCUAAUUCAAGUUCAGUGAUCUGACCAGUGAGCACGAGGACAUUCAGAUGCCUGAACUUCACAUCAGUGGAACUCACAGAAAAACCUUGGGACUUUCCCUUUUACUGAGUAUUGCAAUUUGAGGCACUUUAAUUACUGACAGAAGACCACCAGAAACACCCAGGGAAUCUAAGGCACCUGUACCAGACAAUGUACUGUUGGAAUUUGUCAGACAGGCCUUUGGAAAACUUAACACCUUUUCAACCAGACAUCACAUCUGCCUUACAGAACUCAGGAUGGUCCUGCAAGUAUAGGAUCUUCCUACACUUGUAGCAGCUGGUGUUUUAGGACUGAAAUCUAAUCUAGGAGGUGUCUAUAUUCAUUUCUGUAUAAGGAGCCUAAAGUUAUCAAGUUAAGUGUUUUGAUGCUGAAGCAUAAAAAUACAGCUUUUAGGCAACUACACAAUUUGCAUAAACAACUGUGGGAACAACUGCAGAGAGUUCCAUGAUAAAAACAUUUAAAAUCAGGGGUGAAGAAUUCAUUUUGUAAAUAAAGCUAUUUUUAAAACCUAAUCAACACACAGUUAUGGUGUCAGUUUAUGCUCAAUAUACAGAAGACUCAAAACAAUACAAGAUCUUUAGCUUAUCUGGAAUCUGACAAACCCAAAAUCAGUGAACACGGACUAAAAAGGGGUGCUUACGAAUAGUUAAAGUUGUAAAUCAUUUAUAUGCAGUUAACUCAGUUAUGAAAAAUAAGGUAUUCCACUACUUCUACAGCAUAUUCUAAACUACAGGCCUUGCAUACUUUAAUCAGUUUCAGUACCUCAGCAGCAAUAUUUGGAUUAGAACAGUCUCUAUAGAUCUCAUUAGCCCUUGCCGAAAGCCUAAUUUACACCACUAUAAGUGAAGAGGGCACAGAAUCGUUGCCCUUUCAUAACACUUUUCAGCUCAUUGACAAGACAUUUCCCUGGUUUGGUCUGCUUUUCUGCACUAAGCAUUUUUAAGUAUUCCACAAGCCCUGCUGAACCCUUGCAGUUCCUCACUCUCUACUGCAUUUACCUCUUACUAUCCAAAACAGUCCAAAAUGUUGGUGAACAGGGAAGAGGUACAACUAUUUACACUGUGCUAAAAUACAGUGGUGAGAGUAAGGGUGUCACUAAUACCCUGCAAACCUCCAGUUACUGGGGAUUUGUUCAGUGAAUUCCCCAAAGAAUGCUGGGAACUGAACUUACACCACACCCUGUCCAGCAGUCUCCAUCAGAAACAAGAGACUUCAAGUCUGUUUUAAAUAUGCCAACAGGACAAAACCAUUCUAUAUAAGUAUAGAAAACUUACAGGAAACAGGUUUUAUGAGCUAUCUCCUGCUCGGUAUCUCUAAAGUUUAAAAAACAAAGCCAAACAACAAAAAGAAAUUACAACCCCAAUAGGCAGGCAACAGCAGCCAAAAGCAUUAACAUAAAUGUUUUUAUAAGCAGAGAUAAAACUUUUCAGAUGCCCUAGAAAAACAUAUCUGACAUUCAGGAAAUCAAUUACAAGUGAAAUGCCUUACCUUGAAGAAUUUUUGUGUUUAUCUCAAAUGGACUUGCACAUCACAUUUUUUAAAAAAGUCAAUCUCACAUUAAUUUAUUCCUUGUAUCCUGAAAGCUGUUAGAAUUUUAUCCUCCAGCUGGUCAGAAACCUUUAACCUUGCAGUUUAUGUAUUCACAAUAUACUUACAUUAUUUACUUAGCUCCAGUAUUACACUUGAACUUUAGCCAAAUUAUCUCUGUUUAAAACACCAACUACCUUGAUGCAGUUAUAUUUUUCUUGAACCUUAUCACUGUAACAGAGGAAGACAAUCCACACAUUUUUCCUUUUACAAAUUUCACUCUAGACUGGUAGGAAAUAUUUCUAUAAAUUAAAGAAAAAAAAAACCAACCCACCAGAUUUAAUAUUCCACAGGAGCUCUUACUGAUAUGUAUCAGCUUUUAAUAAAGAGAGGGCUACUACAUCUGUGGUCCCUUGGCCUGCUGUUAACACUCUGUCAGACCACACUGCUUGUUCAGAGCCUGUCAUUAGUUAUUCAUAAUAAUGUGUCUUUGCUGAAACCUUCUCUCCAAUAACUAACUACCCUUCACAGUGCUUCAGUGUCAUGACAGAUACUCUAUCCAAACCUCUCCUCUGUGACAGGUCACUUCACUUGAGCUAGAACAGCAAGCUUCAUCACAAGGACACAAAGAAACAAAUCCAAGUGAGGCAUGUGAAAAUUUUAAGCUUAACUCACCUUUAAACACAUUGCUUUAGACACCUUAUCUGUGUACAUUUUCAUCCAGUAAAUGUUACUGCACAGAAUAAUGCUACACAUUUUUUUUUCUAAUAUUUAUUUUUUCACCUGCAAACUGUAGCAAAACAUGAUCAGCUUUAUUAUGCAGACAGGUAUCCCUCUAACAUUAGAGAUUUAGGCAUGUAUAAAUAGAAGAGCUCUUAGGAAAAGAAAACAUUUUGAGAAAUGAACAAACCUUCAAUUUAACUUCGUGACUUCCAAUACCAAUGGUUAAAAUGAUGCAGCUCAUUCAUUCCAAGAGAUACAACAGCACCUUAAAGUGGCUGAUCUAUUCCCCAGUAACAUUUUUCACAUAACAAUGUGUUAAAGUUACAAAUACUGAUAUGCACAAAUAGCUAUUUUCUAAGAAAAAUAUGUACAGUACUGCAGCAUAAUGAGUGUGGUAUCUGCAAUAACUUAUUAGCCAAUCUUAAUACACAUGAUACCGCUACUUUUCACCUGCCACUUCACAGGUUCAAGGAUGUUACCACAGCCCUCUGUUUUGCACGUUAUUACCUGGUGGGGGAGGGUGGUUUUCUUGUUUUUUUGUGUCGGGUGUUUUUUUCUUUUUGAAGUUUUUUAAAGGUACACAAUGCAGGCUUUUAUUUUUACUUCUUAAAGACUUCUUUUGUGUUUAAAGCUAAUAUCAGUGAAACAAGACAACAGUGCAAGAGGCGCAGAGAUGUUAUGUGACCACAUAAGAGUUCUUUUGGGUAAAGUGUCUAUAAGGCUAUAAGAAAGGAUUGGUUGAUGAGCUUCCUGUUGGAAAUUGUCCUGUUGGUGCACCAGCC